UGCGCAAGUUAGCAGCACUGCGGCUUGCCGCCUCAAAAACAUGACAAAAAUAUAAUCACGUUUAACAAGAUGUCUUCAUUGACUAAUGCAAGCCAUUAUAAUGCCAGACUUGGCGACCUCCUGCAGAAAACAGCAUCCAGCAUACGUAGCUACCGUGGAUUCAUGUCCAGCCAGGCACAACACUUGCUGGGCCCCGUGAAUCAACUGUGGGACCGGAGCCAACGCUACCGUCUGGUGGCCGGCACUGAUGAGCGCUGCACGACGGCCCUACUCUCCGAAUGCCAAGAUGCCCAUCAGUCCAUUUGGCACAGCAUAAUGCAAAUGAAGGAAAUGUUGAAUGAAAUUGCCAGCGAUGCGGCCAAGUUCGACAUGGAAUGCAUUUGCCUGUGCAGCGAGCUACAGCCAGAGCCCUGUCCAGCCUCCGUGGACGAGUGGCGGGAAUGGCUGUAUGUUUCGCUGCACAGUCUACAAGCUCAACUCAAGCGCCUGGAGUAUGAAUCCCGCCGGUUCGUCCCGACUAUUCUGCAGGAGCAGACGGUGGAAGAGUUCAAAGCUAAUCUGCAGCUGGGCGAGCAUCCAGAGGCUAUGAUCUGCAUGGGCCUGGCCAGAGCCGAGCUACUGGCGACAUGCCCGCUGCUGCUGACUUCUUGACACACGUGAAAGAGAAUGCUGAAUGCUGUAUAUUUGCGCCAAUCAAUCAAAUAUAUUUUUGCGUACGAAUAACCAUUAGUUGAAGAAAUCAUCUCGGGGGGCAUCCCUCCACACACGUCUUCCAGGGCAAGGGCAAGACCGUCGACGUGAUGGCAGCUUGAAUUUGCCACAACCAAAUAUCUCAUUCGCACAUUUUGGGUGACCUUUCUGGCUGGCUCCAACCCUCUCUCAAGCUGCUCCGCUGUGGCUUUAGACAUGCAGCCGGAUAUUCUUUUUCACACAGCACAAAACAAAAACAAAAAAAAC